AUGGCCCGACAUCCCUCCAGAAGACGCUCAUCGGUAGAGAUGUCGAAACUUUCCGCCAGCCUCAAGGCAUUAAUCAAUGCCCCCGCCGCCCGUCCAUCCACCGUCCCCGCCCCAGCCAACAUAACCUCGGUCUACCAGAAGAUCCAGCAGACCGCGCAAGCGAAACAGAUCUCGCAGCCAUCAUGGGUCGCACUAUCCACCGCAGCAACAAUGACAAUGAACUCCCCGGAAUCCCUAACAGCGCUGUACAACCUAGCGAGCACAACAACACCAACCCAAUCCCUCGAAACAGCCGAAUUAAUGCGCGAAGUCGGACUGAAAUGCAUCUCCUUCAACGGCAUCCCUAGAACGAUCAACUGCCUCGGCUCCUUCCGCGCAAGCCUCCCAGAGUCAAUAACGGCAAAGUUAACUCGCACCCCAACACGCGCACCGACACCCGAUAACAUUUCCGGGAUAAGCGCACGCGGCCACGCGCUUUGGGAUUCGAUCUACAGACCCUUCGAGACGAAGUUGUAUGAUAAGCUCGCUGAAUCGCACCCCGAUUUGCCGGUUCAUAUCUUGCAUGCCAACUAUGGGGCUUUGCUUUCUGAUCCCGUGCGUGAGAGGCUUGGGGGCACUUCCGCGGGUCGGGUUUUGACUUCUAUUGUUGCUGUUGCUUGUUUGAGGGCUCAGAGUGGGGUUGGGCCUCAGGUUACUUCGCACGUUUUUGGUCUGAGGAAGGCGAUUGAGGAUGGGUCUUGGGUUGGGGAUGUUGAGGGGGAGACUGGGGCUAAGUGGUUGGCGAGUGAUGAGGGGAAUUUGUGGAUUUUAGAAAGUGUUGAUGCUAUUGUGGGUGCUAUUGGGCGAGGAGAGGGCUCGAAUUUCGCUCCUGGGCGGGCGAAGUUGUAG